AAAAAAACUGCUCGACUUUGUAGUAUUAUUACCUAUAUUGUUUACUUAAAACAUUUAUCAACUAACUUAGUUGUUUGCAAACGUGGUUAUGGCUGCUCCGCUGAAAGUAUGCAUUGUCGGUUCCGGUAACUGGGGCUCUGCGAUUGCGAGAAUUAUUGGCAGCAAUGCACAGAAACUCCAGUGCUUUGCCACCACAGUCAAGAUGUGGGUGUAUGAAGAAAUGGUCAAUGGCAAAAAGCUCUCCGAGAUCAUCAACACAGAGCAUGAGAACGUCAAGUACCUGCCAGGAUACAAACUCCCAGAGAAUGUGGUUGCAGUGCCACAGCUUCGGGACGCCGCAGACGGUGCAGAUCUUUUGGUUUUUGUGGUUCCUCACCAGUUCAUCCGGAAACUGUGCGAUGAGAUGAUGGGCUGUGUUUCAGAGAGGGCUCGUGGAAUUACUCUAAUCAAAGGCAUUGAUGAAGGACCAGAAGGACUGAAGCUCAUCUCGGACAUCAUUCGGGAGAAAAUGGGCAUCGAUGUCAGUGUCCUAAUGGGGGCCAAUAUUGCAAACGAAGUAGCAGCUGAAAAGUUCUGUGAAAGCACCAUUGGCAGCAAAGUGUUGGAGAACGGCCUCUUGUUCAAAGAUCUCCUGCAGACGCCUAACUUCAGGAUCACUGUGGUGGAUGAUGCUGACACAGUGGAGCUCUGUGGAGCCCUCAAGAACAUUGUAGCAGUGGGCGCAGGUUUCUGUGAUGGUCUGCAGUGCGGAGACAACACCAAAGCGGCCGUUAUUCGCCUGGGUUUGAUGGAGAUGAUCGCUUUCGCCAAACUUUUCAGCAAAGACGACUCCGUGUCCUCUGCCACCUUCCUGGAGAGCUGCGGCGUGGCAGACCUCAUCACCACCUGCUAUGGAGGACGAAACCGACGCGUCGCAGAGGCUUUUGCCAAGACCGGGAAGAGCAUUGAGGAACUGGAGAAGGAGAUGUUAAAUGGACAAAAGCUUCAGGGACCGUUGACUUCUGCUGAGGUCUACCAUAUCCUCAAACAGAAGGGCCUGGUGGAGAAGUUCCCCCUGUUCACGGCUGUUUAUCAGAUCUGUUUUGAGGACAAACCAGUACGAGACAUGAUCACCUGUCUGCAGAGCCAUCCAGAGCACUUGUGAGGAAAAAAACCUCAGUGUCCUCCUGUUAGGUGGUCCUACCUCUAAUACUUCUCAUUUUUACAUUGAUAUACUCAUGAAUUGUUAUACCUUAAAGGGAUAGUUCACCCAAAAUUGAGUUUAAGUAAUUUUUCCCCACUCAGUAGAACAUUAAAGUUGAACAUCUACUGUUAGUGAGUCCAAAAAACCUAUGCAGGGAAAACAAAAAUAAUACCCAUGGUUCUGGACGAUACAAUGAGGUCUUACUAAGCAAAAUGAUUGGUUUCUGCAAGACAUUAGCAUUAUUACAUUUGACUCCAAAUAGAUAUUUUGAAAAAUGUUGAAGUUUGAACAGACGAUGGUCACCAUUGACUGCAAAAGUGUUGAAAAAAAUACUAUGAAAGUUAAUUGUGACCAUCGUCUGGAAGUGGAAGUCAAUAGUGACCAGUCGAUUUAGUAGUAAACUUCUCAUUUAAUCCAUCAUAACGAGCCGCAGGUAUUAAUUUACUGUUACCUGUGUAUGUUCUUUGACUCUCAAAGUGACAAUGGAAUUGACUUGCGUUUUAUGAAACACCUUGAUUUCAGCUGAAACCAGCUUGAAUGUUCCACUAAAAAUAAAAAAAGAUGUGAAGGUUAAUAAAUUGGCAGAGAAUUUUCCAUUUUGGAUGAACUAUCCCUUUAAGCUUUUCUUUUCGUCCAAGGUCUAGGUCUACACUAAUGGUUAGGCUUGAACUCAGGGGUUUGUUUCCAACCCAGCAGCUUUUGUUAUUAUUACAUGACAUUUUUUUAAUAGGGGAUCAUGUGUUAUUCCAUUUAAGCCGUUAUGCAGCUUUUAACUGUUUUCUCUCUGUCUGACUGCCCUCUUGUGGAUGAUCCACAAUUAAACCUCACUGACAGACGAGAUCAAAUGGCUCUUUUUAAAUGACCACUGAGAUCUAACUAUAAAGACUCGCACUCCAUGUCCACAUCAAGAGCAAAACGACACGACCAGAAUGCCUCAAUUAUAUUCGACCAUCUUGUAGAACCAGCAUUAUACAACUUUCCUUAAGAAAACCUGAGAGUUUUUAAUACUUAGUUUGACCCAAGGGCACAAUUUAGGUAUAAAACGAAGUAAACUAUUCAUAUUUUCCAUUUUAACGACUGUGUUGAUGAAUGCUAAACUGCCACUUAAAGGGUAUUAACACAUUAGAUUAAAGGAACUCAUUUUACAACUCCUCCACAGUUAAAACAGUUGAGUUUAAACAUUUAUAAUUCAGCCAAUCUCCGGGUCUGGCUUUUAGCUUAGCUUAGCAUAAAGCAUUGAAUUAGAUUAGACCAUUAGCAUCUCAUGAAAAAAAAAAA